UUCUGGCGUUGCCGUGGAGACCACCGGUCCCGAGUCGGGGAGGCGCGCCAGGCCAAGAUGGCGAAGGACCUGGACGAGCUUCUGGACGAAGUCGAGACCAAGUUCUGCAGGCUGGAGCCCCUGAGGCUGGACCUGGAGGCGCGGCCCGGCGGCGGCCGGAACCAGGCCCAGGCGGACGAGGAUCUCAGCACCCCGCCUACCUCAAAGAAAAUGAUGAGCAUCGAAGAACCUCCAUAUGGAGAUGGCUUCAAAUGUGGCCAACCAGCCACCCAGGUCAAGAAAAUCCCCUCGCUUCAUGACAGACAUAAUUGUGCCAAAAAUGGGCAAGCUCAAAUGCAGGCCAAGUCGACUGCCAAACUCUGCCAAGACAGGAUCAACAGAAACAUUUAAAAAAGAAGAUGAUCUUGACAGUCUUAUUAAUGAAAUAUUUGAGGAGC